AUGGCGGAAGAGCAUGAUAAUCAUAUGAGAAACCUACAUCUCAUGGAAGAAGAGAUAAUCAGAGUGGCAGUGGAGAAAGAGGAUAUCAAUUAUGGAGUAGAGGAAACGAUUGAAGAGCUGGGUCUAGUGGGGAAACGCAACAUCAAUAGGGAACCCAGUCUGAAUAUUCUUAAGACCACUAUGUCAAAGGCAUGGAAUCUACUGCAGGGGUUCGAAAUACAGAAGUGGGACAAACAGAUCUAUGCACUGCAAUUCUACAACGUUGAGGAUCAUAAGAAGGUUCCGGAUGAGAUGGAUUACCACCAUCUGUUUGUCUUUCAAGCAAUAGACAGAGGUAAGGAUCCGGAUGAGAUGAAGUUGAAAUUUGGUUCCGAGUUAAGAAGCUACCCAGAUAUAAGAGAACUGCUACUAUGGCAGGAAAAAUAG